UUCUCUUUUCACACUCCCAUGUCCUCCGUCUACCCUUCCAAGUCGACGCCGCCGACGGACGCGCCAGAGAUUGUCGAGUUUGACAAUUAUGUUGCCCAUACCCUCAAGGCUACGAAGCCGCUACCUCCCAUGCGGUGGAGUAAUUUGGUCAACGAACUCAACUGGCUUUCGACUGCCAUCCUCACCAUUGUCCCCGCUAUGAGUAUACUUGGCUUCUUGACGACCAAAUUACGAUGGGAGACGGCUCUUUUUGCUGUUUUUUACUACUACGUGACUGGUCUGGGUAUCACAGCUGGAUACCAUCGUCUAUGGGCCCACCGAAGCUACAAUGCGAGCAAGCCUUUACAAUAUUUCUUGGCGAUGGCGGGUGCUGGCGCUGUUGAGGGUUCUAUCAAAUGGUGGUCCCGCGGUCACCGUGCUCACCAUCGCUACACGGACACCGAGCUCGAUCCAUACAACGCUGGUGAAGGCCUUUGGUGGUCUCACGUGGGCUGGAUGCUCCUCAAGCCCCGUCGCAAACCCGGAGUUGCCGACGUUAGCGACCUUUCAAAGAACGAAAUCAUUCGUUGGCAGCAUAGACACUACCUCACUCUUAUUCUCUCAAUGGGAAUCGGAGUCCCCACCGUCAUUCCAUGGCUCUUUUGGGGCGAUCUCCGCGGUGGUUUCUUCUACGCUGGUUUUGCGCGUUUGAUGUUCGUCCACCACUCCACAUUUUGCGUCAAUUCGCUCGCGCAUUGGCUUGGGGAAGCUCCCUUCGAUGAUAAGCACACCCCACGCGACCACGUGAUCACGGCACUUGCUACAAUCGGUGAAGGCUACCACAACUUCCACCAUCAAUUCCCGAUGGACUACCGCAAUGCCAUCAAAUGGUACCAAUACGAUCCCACCAAGUGGUUCAUCUGGGUUUGCUAUCAACUUGGUCUUGCAUCACACCUCAAAGUUUUCCCCGAUAACGAGGUCCGCAAAGGGCAACUCACCAUGCAACUCAAACGUCUGCGCGAAACUCAGGACCAACUUGCAUGGCCAUCGGACAAUAACGAUCUUCCCGUCAUUUCUUAUGAGUCUUUCGUCGAGCAAUCCGCUAAGCGUCCUCUUAUCCUCGUCGCUGGCUUCAUCCAUGACAUCACCAACUUUAUCGAGGAGCAUCCCGGUGGUCCUCACUACCUUGUUAAGUAUGUUGGCAAAGAUGCGACGACAGCCUUUUUCGGUGGUGUCUACGAUCAUUCCAACGCUGCCCAUAAUCUGUUAGCCAUGAAGCGAGUUGGAGUACUGCACGGUGGUCUCCCUACGGGUCUGCAAGAGAAGGCCAUCCCCCCAUCACAACGACUGAAGGUCGCACGAUAUGCGGAGUUGAGCGCAACUUCUGCCAAUAGUUCCGGGGGUUCUGAACACGAUGGGGAGAAAGAAAGCUCCCCCCCACCAGCAUGA